AUGCCCAGCAAGGCGCUGGGAAGCCUGGACCACGAACUAGCCUUUGCCAAGAUCAUCGUGGAGCUGCGCCGCCGACACCCGGGGCAUGUGCUGCCGGACGAGGACCUGCGCUGGGUGUUCGUCAACGCCGGCGGCUGGAUGGGCUCCAUGUGCCUCCUCCACGCCUCCCUCUCGGAGUACGUGCUGCUCUUUGGCACCGCCGUCGACACCGGCGGACACUCGGGUCGCUAUUGGGCUGAUAUUCAUGACACGAUCAUCUCAGGGACCUUCCGGCAGUGGAAAGAGGGAACGACUAAAAGUGAGAUUUAUUACCCAGGGGACUCCGUUGUCCACCGUUCCGGAGAGGUCGCCUCCGUGCAGUGGAGCGCCGGCACGUGGAUGGUCAAGUAUGGCCGAGGCUUCAUCCCCUCCACCCUCACCUUUGCCCUUGCUGACACGAUCUUCAGCACUCAGGACUUCCUCACCCUCUUCUACACCAUCCAGGUUUAUUUCAAGGCCCUGUUCUUGGAGGCUAACACGUACUUCAGCAGCACGAGUCAGUGAGUCUUGCUCCUCCCAGCAGAUGAAAGGGUCACCUCCUCCCCCCGCCUCUCAUCUUGUAUGCUAGUGAACCUGGUGCUUGCAUUUCUUGACCAGACACGGUUGGGUGCAUAGCACGUGUGUUAGAAAGCAAAGAUGGAUCCACAGCCUUCCCAGUUGCCCAUCCAUGAGUACCUGAAUGUUCUGCUGUAAAGCACGCUGCUCAUGAGGUGAUGAUUCGGUGUCUCGUGGAGACUAGAUAUUCAAAGUAUUUUGGAGCCACACAGAGAAAUUUCUAGGUGUUAAAAUGGAAGGAGUGGUGCCAUGGCAUCGUGCCAUGGCAUUGAUGCAUAGUUGACCUAAAUAAUGACAUUUGCAUGGUGGCAUGUAUCUCGUCAUUGUGGUGUUUUGCCAGGCACAUUUGGAAAGAGAAGUUGCAUCCUCUUUGCAUGCUUUGGAGAUACCUCUUAUGAUGCCGUCACCAAGCUCUGUUGGUCUAUUCUCUGCCUUGUGGGGGCCUCUUGAGCCCCACAAAAUUAAAAAGCAGCAGAACGCUUUGGAUUGAACCCUUAAAAGUAUACAUUGACCCUACUGUUUUAAGGCAUACAAAUACUUCCUUUUCAUCCCUUCCUUCCCCGCUUUAAUUUCUCAGAUGGAAAACGGGUAAUUUGGCUGAGCAAUAUCUGCGUCCACAGGCUGGAAAACAGCCAUGCAGGCUGGUGUUUUGGCUGGGCUUCUGGAAAGUUCUUUCCAGCAGACUCGCAUUGUUGUUCCCUAGGAUCUCGGGGUGUGGGUCUUCCACAGCUCUGUCUUGCUUCUCAUCUGGAAAAGUAAUUUGGAAUUCCAGUUGUCUAUCAUGGACCUUUUCUCUCACCACAAAUCAACCAACUCUGCUCCUUCGUGGAUUAAUUAAUUCAUCUUUACAUGCUUGCAACAUCCAAUUUCAGCUAAUUUCCUCAUCUGUUUUAGAUCUUCCACAUUAUUACUGGGGGGGG